GAUAGCUAUAACUGUUUAUAUUUGAAGAUAGGAUUAUUAUGGAUAUUUUCGUAAUUUUUUUCAUAUACAUGAUACCGCUGUUUAUUUGAAGAACAGUUGGUUCCACGAUACGCUUAUAAUAAAUUGUCGAUUGCAAAAAGGAAGUAACAUCUCUAACGAUACUUGUGAAGUAUGACUCACACUACUAUGUCAGUUUUUUACAGUUCAACUAUGUUUUUAUAAAUACUUCCGUGUUUGUAUAAACUGAAACAAUUUACUGUAUAUAAUCAUGAACGUACAGGAAUUGCGCGAUGGGCCCCCUUUGUUACAAGCUAUAUUUUUUGGAGAUGUAGACGAAGUUCGAGCAUUGUUAUCAAGAAAGGAAGAUCCAAAUUGGCAGGAUAGGGAACAAAGAUCUCUUUUGCAUGCAGCUGCAUAUAGGGAAGAUCCAGCAAUUGUAGAAGCACUUUUGUUAAAUGGAGCUGUAGUAAAUGCUAAAGAUAAAAAAUGGUUAACUCCUUUAUAUAGAGCUUGUUGCUCGGGGAAUCCCAAUGUAGUAGAAGUUUUGUUAAGCCACAAAGCAGAUGUUAAUAUCAGGGAUCGUAGUUGGCAAACUCCUUUACAUGUAGCAGCAGCAAAUAAUGCAGUUCAAUGUGUUGAGCUGAUAGUGCCACAUUUAAUGAACAUUAACGUAGCAGACAGAGGUGGUAGAACAAGUUUGCAUCAUGCAGCUUACAAUGGACAUUUGGAAAUGACAGAAUAUUUGGCUCAAAUUGGUUGCGUAAUAAAUGCUUCUGAUAGGCAAGAUCGCAGGGCCUUACAUUUUGCAGCAUACAUGGGUCACGAUGGUAUAGUGAGGGCACUUAUAGCAAAAGGAGCAGAUGUAGAUGUUAAAGAUCGAGAUUUGUAUACUCCGUUACAUGCAGCUGCAGCAUCUGGCAAUGUAGAAUGCAUGCACACAUUAAUUAAGUCUAGAGCAGAUAUUGAAGCAAAAAAUGUGUAUGGAAAUACUCCUUUGCAUAUUGCAUGUUUAAAUGGUCAUGCUGAUGCAGUUACAGAAUUAAUUGCCAAUGCAGCAAACGUUGAAGCUGUAAAUUAUCGGGGACAAACGCCGUUACACGUUGCUGCUGCUAGCACUCAUGGUGUUCACUGUUUAGAAGUACUUUUGAAAGCUGGUUUGAGAAUAAAUGUUCAGUCAGAAGAUGGGCGUACACCUCUACAUAUGACUGCAAUCCACGGUAGAUUUACUCGAUCAAAAAGCUUACUUGAUGUUGGAGCAUUGCCAGACAUUAAAGAUAAAAAUGGAAAUACCGCUUUACACGUCGCCGCUUGGUUUGGCCAUGAAUGUUUAACAACAACUUUAUUGGAGUAUGGCGCAUCCCCAGCAGCGCGCAAUGCUGAACAGCGUACCGCAUUGCACCUUAGUUGCUUGGCAGGUCAUAUCGAGGUCUGUAGAAAAUUAUUACAAGUUGAUAGCCGACGUAUAGAUUCAAGAGAUAUUCGUGGUAGAACACCAUUACAUUUAGCAGCAUUCAAGGGAUCUGUUGACUGUUUAGAUUUAUUGUUAUCCAAUGGAGCUAAUUUUCGAUUAACUGAUAAUUAUAGCAGGUUAGCACUUCAUCAUGCUGCUAGUCAAGGUCAUUAUCUUUGUGUUUUUACUUUGGUUGGAUUUGGAAGUGACUCUAAUGCACAAGACGUAGACGGUACAACUCCUUUGCAUUUAGCUGCAGCAUCAAAUCCCACAGAUUCUGGUGCUCAAUGCGUACAGUAUUUAUUAAAGCACAGAGCAGAUCCGCGUUUGUGCGAUAAACGAGGCUUUACUGCUAUUCAUUACGCUGUAGCUGGAGGAAAUCAGCCAGCUUUAGAAGCUUUAUUAGAAGCUUGUCCACAAGGGAAUCUAGCAGCGUCAUCUAAUUCUACAGGAAAGUCAGAACCUCCAUUACCUGCAUUAACACCCUUACAUCUUGCUGCAUACCAUGGACAUAUUGAAAUUUUAAGCUUACUACUACCAUUAUUUCCCAAUACUAACAUUAAAGAAGAUACUGGUAAAACGCCACUGGAUCUAGCUGCCUAUAAAGGACACCAAACAUGCGUUCAACUUUUAUGCGUGUUUUAUGGAGCUUGCGUAUGGGUCCAAGAUUCUAUUACAAGACGUACUCCAGUACAUUGCGCAGCGGCAGCAGGUCAUGUUAAUUGUCUAGAACUUUUAUUGGAGAAUGCAGGAGAUUCAAAUGUAGUUAAUUGUUACGAUAUUAAGCAGCGAACUCCUUUAACACUAGCAGUGGCAAAUAGCAAUCCAGAAUGCGCCCAGUUACUUUUAAAAUACAAAGCUGAUUGUAAUUUACUAGACAUAAACAAGCAUACACCAUUAUUUCGAGCAGUGGUUAAGGAACGUGAUCAUCAGUUAGUGGAGCUAUUAUUAUCACACGGUGCACAAGUAGCGAUACAAGAUACAAAUGGUAAAACGCCAUUACAUUUAGCUGCCGCAUGUGGAAGAGUAAAAGCAUUGGCUUCUCUUGUCAAAGCUAAUCCUGCUGCUGCCACUUUAAAAGACGAUCAGGGAUGUACAGUCCUUCAUUGGGCCUGUUACAAUGGAAACUCGAAUUGUGUGGAAUAUCUGUUAGAACAAAAUGUAAUUGACUCAUUAGAGGGUAGUCCAUUUUCGGCUGUUCAUUGUGCAGUUUAUCAGGGAUCAGCACAUUGUUUAGAAUUAUUAAUAAAUAAAUUUGGAGGAAAGACUGUCGCUGCUCCGAGAGAUGUUCAAGGUGGUCGGUUGCCUUUGCAUAUUGCAGCUAGUUCAGGAUCUGUAGAAUGUGCAAAACUGAUUUUAAGUUCUGUUGGACCUGAAUUAGCUGGGCUCGAAACUCCAGAUUAUUCAGGUCGAACGCCACUACUUUGUGCCGCUAUUACGGGUCAAUGUGCUGCUAUUGAGUUAUUGCUUGAAUGGAAAGCUGAUGUGCGUGCUGUUGAUUGUAACAAAAACACAGCUCUUCACUUAGCUUGUCAAAGACGACAUUCUGUAGCUGCUUCACUCUUACUAAAUUUGAUCAAUUCACUUAAUGCUAAUGGUGAAAAUACGUCACAGCAACAACAAAGCAUUAUUAACAUGGUCAAUAAGCAGCGAAGAACACCAUUACAUCUAGCAGCAAGAAACGGCCUUGUAACGGUAACACGACGUUUAUUGCAAUCGGGUGCAAGUGUCGUUGCUGUCGAUGCAGAAGGACUCACACCUGCAUUAGCUUGUGCUCCGAAUCCGGCUGUAGCACGAUGUUUAGCUACCAUUCUUGCUGCACACGGUCAAAAUUGGGAAGCUGCACAACAUUCACCGUCAAUUCAACAAACAUCAGAAGUAUAUUUAAAUGGCAGAAGUGGCGAUUCACAACACAGUUCAGAUUCGGAGUUUUACUGACAGCAGGCAUCACGCUUAGAUCAUCAAGCGUUUCAAAAUUUAAACGUCGAUUCAAUGCACGGAAAUAUUGAUGCAGCAAGAUUAAUUUGGACAAGCUGUUGGUUGUUUUCAAUUUUGACAUAAUGCUUCUAUAUGUAAGAGAGCCAAUUUAUCAGGUAUGAGAAAUCAGUGCUUAACAAUCGUUCAUCUGCAAUUGUCAGCCUCUUAACAAGUAAUAAUGACAAUACCCCCAUUUUUACUAUUAACAUUUCAAUAGAAUUGCGAACUGCCAAGAGGAGUAUGAUAAUAUGUAUUUAAACAUUGGGUAAGAGAGCAAUAAUAUUAGUCUUAAAAGUUUAUAUUAUUCAGUAAAUAUAACUAGAUAUCUUACAUUAAUCCUAGGACGCCUAAGGUGUUAAAAGAUGUAAAAUCAGUCCAAAGGCGGGUCAUUUUCUGUCUAUAUAAAAAAGGAGCGAUAAAUCCUGUUUUUUCUGUUUUAUUCAUUAAAAGACACACUUAUUUACACUUUGAACAAAUGAUCAAAUUUAGCUAUUUUCAAUAAUACCUUUUGUUCUUUGCGACUAUCUUGAUGCAACACAUGACAUUUUUAUAAUAUUUUUUAUAAUAUUUCGAUUGUAUGGUCUUCAUAUAAACUACGACUAAACCAGUUCAGAUAACAUAACAUAAUAAUAAACACAUGAGCUGUCACUGACAUCGAAACACAUGUAACUACCUCUUAAGAUUUAUAUGUAAUUUAUAAUAGUGUUACGUACAGCUUGAGAGUAAAUUCUGUCACUGGUCAAUUAAUUAUAUCACAAAUAUACUCAAGAGAAAUUAGAUUACUGGCCUCUUAGAAAAAAUUUGUUGUAGGAAAAGUUAAAGUUUAGAGUCUUGUAAACAUUUUCUGACCCUCCCAUAGGUGUCUUAGGGUUAAGUGAAUAUACAUACCUUUAUUUUUGCUUCAAUGUCAUAAUUGCAUGCACAUAUAUGCUCCUGACACUGUGGUCAACGCGUAAAUGUGUCUGGUACAAAAAAUGGUUUGUAGAUGAAACAUAGAUAUUCAUAUAGUGAAUUGCUGACGUAAUUGAUACCUCAUUAAAAAAAGACACGAUAAUGCUCGCAUUAUCGAUUUUAUUGUAACGUAAGAAUGCUCCAUAGACUCGUAAAUUUAAUUCCUAAAAUAAAUUCCUAAGACCCGCCAGCUUACUGCUGUUACUUGCAUAUUUUUAAUAAUCAGCGAUAUUUAUAAUAUAAUAAAGCUUUCUAUAUUUUGCAUUGUAAUCAAUUUUUCAUCAAUUAGGAAAAGUACAAAUUGUAUGAAUAAAAAUGUCAUAGUUUUUUAAAUAUGAUCAUGCUAUCAUGUUUGAAAUUUAAUCAGCAUAAAGGAAAAAGAAGUCUAUAUAUUUUCGUUUACUUUACAUUAAGUCAACACUGUACAAUGAUUUAAUUAAUGUUGUCCAUUAUAAUAGUCAUUUUAACACGUUGACUGCCACGCCUGUUUUCAAAAAAAUCUCCGUCAGGCCACGCGUGCUGCAGUACCAAGCGUUCUCUGCUCGGUGCUCC